GACCAUGAACGAGCUGCUUAUCGAGACUUGUGCUGUGGUCAGUUCGGUUUUUGGUGCUAUCUUAGCACAAAGAAUAAAUCGGUUGGCAAAAUCGAAAGAAAAACGGAAGAAAAGACGAUGGUGGGUUAGAAAGUGGAUACUUCAAAGAAAAUCGGGGACACAUAAUUUGGUUGACGGAGAGCUAAGAAGUAAUUACACUGAGGAUUUUAAAAACUUGUUACGAAUGUCUGAAGCCGAGUUUGAUUACCUUCUGGAACGCGUUUCACCACUGAUUUCAAAAUCAGAUACAAAUAUGAGACAAGCAGUAAAUGCUAAAACAAAACUUACGGUGACUUUGCGAUAUUUAGCCACAGGAGACUCUUUCAAAAGUUUGGAAUUUUUAUUUCGUGUUCCAAAAAACACAAUUAGUAAAUUCAUACCCGAGACCUGCGAAGCUAUCCACAAGACACUUAGAGAAUUUAUACAAGUGCCGGCAACUUCAGAUGAAUGGAAAAACGUUGAAUCUGGAUUUAGGCAACGAUGGAAUUUCCCAGGAUGUGUAGGAGCUUUGGACGGCAAACACAUUGUAAUACGUGCCCCUACCGCUACUGGAUCCGAUUAUUACAAUUACAAAAAUAGUUUCAGUAUUGUAUUAAUGGCUUUAGCCGACUCCGAUUAUUGCUUUCUGUAUGUUGAUGUUGGCGCUAAAGGAAGAGGUUCUGAUGGAGGCAUAUUCCAAAACAGCUCGUUAUACAAAGCUUUCGAAACAAACUACUUUGCAAUGCCAAAUGAUUUUUUGAUUGUUGGAGAUGAUGCGUUUCCCUUAAAAACGUAUUUGAUGAAACCGUAUAGUCGGCGUAACAUGUCCCAAGAAGAAAGAAUUUAUAACUAUCGACUUUCAAGGGCACGAAGAGUAGUAGAAAAUACUUUCGGCAUACUUGUGAGUAAAUUCAGAGUGUUUGAAAAAGCGAUAUCUCUAAAAUUACAAUCGGUGGAGAAAAUAGUACUCGCCUGCUGCACUUUGCACAAUUGGUUGAGGAAAACAAAUCCUACCUACAUCUCAAGAGGUUUAAUUGAUUAUGAGGACGAAAAUCAUGGUAUAUUCCCUGGAUCAUGGCGCCAAGAAAACAUUUCUGGCUUACAGAAUCUUCCGCCAACUGCGCAGAGACAUCCACAACGACAGGCACAACAAAUUCGCGAUAAGUACCGCGAUUAUUUCAAUAAUGAAGGAACCGUACCCUGGCAAAGGCAACUACUGAAUGAUAUGCCAAAUGCAGAACUGUAGAGUACGUCAGUCUCAACAUUGAUUGUGUUAAAUUGCCUUGCACAAUAUCAGCUUCAAAUGCCAUUCUGUUUCAAUGUACUUAAUUAUAAGGUAGUUCAUACAUAGCAAUAUAUUAUUAAUAUAUAUUAUUAUGUAAUCAAAGUACCAAUGGGAAAAUAAAUGCGGUUUUUUGAACUAGAA